AUGUCAACAGUCGAUUCAUCCAACAUUACAACCGAACCGGCACCCACUGGCACUUCCACCGGAGAACCAGACGACUCUUCCCUACCUGAACCUCCUUCAAUUCCACCUGAUCCAUACCCUUCCGACCCUUCCGACCCUUCCGCCCCUUCCCUCGUCUCCCCUUCUGCUGACUCCCGACCUAAAAGUGGGAUCCCAUCGAUUCUUCACCUCCUUCAGCAACCCAUUUUCUCCAUACGUAGUACACGUAACGAACCUCCACCAGAGACCAAUACAUUCCCUCCUUCAAGCGAUGAAAUCUUAACCAUACCUAGAGACCUAGCUUCAGGUACAACAUCUCCCUCUAAUGCUACUGGUUCCACCGUUCGAGGCAAUCUGGCUAAACACAAAGAUGGUACACUGGAUCCGUGGAGUUUACCACGCGAUGGUUUUUCAACUAAUGACCUAAACUCUGGUCGUCUUCCUAAUACUGACAACACCGCAAGACAUAAAGUUUCUUUCCCUGAUCUAAAAUCAAAUUCAGGAUCAGAUGAUGACGAUACAAAAUCUCUCACUUCAUCUCCGAUUGACGUCCCUACUGUAAAGCAUUAUCAUCCAUUGACUCGACUACCCGAAUAUAAAGAAACCAUGGUCCCUGUCCCUAAUCCUCAUUAUCGUUUUGUCGCUAAAUCUUCACGAACCCGAACAUCCUAUGGGAAUUUCACCUCACAAACUUCCAAUUCAUCUCCUAAUCCAAAAAACGAGACUGAUGGUAAAGAUGGUUUUGGGAAAGAAACACAAAAUGAUGAUGACAAUGAUUAUGAUGAUGAAAAUCAAACAGAUGAAGUUUGGGUUCCUGAUUGGGUAGCUUCUUGUUCACCUGAAACACAAGUCAGAGUUGGAGAAGCAAUGAAACUUUGGAUUAAAAAUCAACGUUCAAAAGGAUUACAAGCAUCAGCUUUUGCAUGUGUUUUAGGUGAUUUGACAAAAAAGAAUCUAUCUGGUGGAUUGACUCAAAAAGAAUUAAAAGAUUGUUAUCGAGCAUAUGGAGAAUCAAUGAAAUAG